AUGUGUGAAGUAAGUGAAGUUUGCAAGGUGGAUGGAGUUCAGGUUAAACUUCCUGUGGAUUUGAACCAUGGAGCCAGAGUAGCCAUAAAAGGACAUUACGUGGUCGUUGAUACCUCUCUAGGGAUCCAGGUUAAGUUUGAUGGUGACCAGGAGCUUUUCAUUCUGGUUGAUGAAAGUCUCAAAGGACAGCUGUGUGGUCUUUGUGGAACAUUCAAUGACAACCAACUGGAUGACUUUUUAAACCCGGAUAAAGUCCUAGAACAGGAUCCAAAUAAAUUUGGUGACAGCUGGAUAGUGAAGGAUGACAACAGGACGUGUAAUACAGUUUCAGUUGUGCCGCCUGCUUGUGACACAGCAAAAGAGAAAGAAUAUGAAGAACUCUGCAAAAUUGUUUUGAAAAAUAGUGGACCUUUUCAGGCCUGCCAUUGGCACAUUCCCCCACAGCUGUACUUCGAGAGCUGUGUCUAUGAUCUGUGUGCCACAGAGGGGGAUUCUGACCAGUUCUGCAAGAUUUUAGAGGCAUAUGCUGCUGCCUGUGAACUUGGAGGUGUAAAUCUGGGUGAAUGGAGUAAAGAUACCAUCUGCAAUAUGACUCCAACCACACCAGGCACCACCAUCACCACACCUUCAGAAGAGACACCCACGUCAACACCCAUGCCAGGCACAGGUCCAUCAACACCAACACCCACGAUUCCCUUGCCAGGCACUACAACGCAGCCUGCCCACACAACAUCACCAACAACACCAAUACCCAGCUCAGACCGUGCUUCCUGCAGUGCCUCUGGAGAUCCACAUUAUAACACUUUUGACCACAGAGUCCAUAAUUUCAUGGGAAAUUGCACUUACACCCUCUCCAAAGUGUGCAAUGUCUCUGAGAAUCUUCCAUACUUUGAUGUGUCCACAACAAAUGAGCACAGAGGAGCCAACACCAAAGUCUCUUAUGUGAAGUCAGUGCAAGUGGAAGUCUAUGACAACCAGAUUUCUCUACUGAAAAACAAGAAAGUGAAUGUGAAUGGUCGCAGAAUGAACCUGCCUGUAUUUAUUGAGAAGAAAAUCAGUAUUCAAAGCAGUGGUGGAUAUGUUCUCUUGGAAACUGACUUUGGACUGUGGGUGAGAUAUGAUGGAAACCACUAUGCAGAAGUCUCCGUGCCCUCUAAUUACAGUCAUCUGCUCUGUGGCCUCUGUGGUAAUUAUAAUGGUGAUCCAAAUGAUGACAAUAUAAAACCCAAUGGUGAUACUGCCAGUAGUUCCACUGAUCUUGGAGAAAGCUGGCUUGUGCCUGAGAAUAACACCAUAUGCUCCAGUGGUGGGACAGAAGAACAGUGUGAUCCUGUGUUGGAGAGUGAAGUAAAGAAGAACACAGCAUGUGGCAUGAUCACAGACCCAACAGGAAUCUUCAAGGACUGUCAUACCAAAGUGCCUCCAGAGAAUUUCUUUGAAAAUUGUCUUUAUGACAUGUGUUUCACUGGUGGACAGGCAAUAUCUUUAUGCUACGGACUACAGGCCUAUGCUGAGUCAUGUAUCAAUGCUGGCAUAUGCAUAGAGUGGAGGAAUGCUACUCUUUGCCCAAUGUCCUGUCCUGGAGGCAGCAUCUACAAGAGCUGUGGUACUAGGUGUCCCUCUACCUGUUUGAACAUCUCAGUAGCUGAUUCCUGCAGUUCUUUACCAGUGGAAGGUUGCUUCUGUAAGGAAGGUUAUGUUUUGAGUGGAGACAAAUGUGUACCAGAAAGCAGCUGUGGUUGUGUUGAUGAAAAGAACCAGUAUCACCAGCUGGAUGAAAGCUGGUUCACCCAUUAUCCCUGCACUGAACGCUGCACCUGCAAGGCUAAUAACACCAUUGAAUGCACAUCCUGGGAGUGUGGAGUCCAAGAGGAAUGCAGUAUUCAGGAUGGUGUGCUGGGCUGUCAUUCCAAUGGUCAAGCAAUAUGUCAAGUGGUAGGAGAUCCCCAUUAUUUCACUUUUGAUGGAAUGAAGUACACUUUCAUGGGAACCUGCACCUACACUUUGGUUGAGGUUGUCAACACUGCCACCAAUGUCAUUCCUAUAACCAUACUGGGCAAGAAUGAAGAUAGAGGACUGAGAGGGGCCACAUACCUGAAAGAAGUCUAUAUAGAUGUGCAUGAUGUACGAAUCACCCUUCAGAAAAACCAAGGAAUCCUGCUGAACAAUGAGAGAGUCUACACUCCAGUGGAGAACCGACUGCAAGGUGUGUCCAUUGGAAAUGUUGGCAGAUUUAUAGUCGUGGAAACUGACUUUGGUGUGAUAGUAAAAUACGACGGCAAUCACCAUCUGGAAAUCACCCUCCCACAAUCUUAUUUCUCACAGGUGCAUGGCAUGUGUGGUAAUUUCAAUGAUAAUCGUGAAGAUGAUCUGUCCUUGCCCAAUGGAACAGUCGUCAGUGCCACACAGUUUGGAAAUAGCUGGAAAGUGGAGAUAGACAGUGAUAAGGGUUGCUUACCAGACUUAAGAGAAGAUGAUAACCCCCCUUGCACUGCUGAGAAUAAACAAGUCAUUGAAAGCCAGUGUAAUGUCCUAAAAUCAGACAAAUUCAAAGUAUGCCAUAAUCUAGUCAACCCUGAAGACUUUGUAGAGAUCUGCAUCUAUGACAUGUGCCAGUAUGAUGGCAUGAAGUCUGCUCUCUGCGACAUAGUUCAAGCCUAUGUGGAGACCUGCAAGAACCAUGGAAUCACCAUUAAAUGGAGGAAUAACACAUUCUGUCCAUUGCCCUGCCCAUCCCGGAGCCAUUACAAAGACUGUGUCUCCGCCUGCCCAUCAACAUGCAAUGACAUUUUUGCCUCUUCCCUUUGUGACAAGACAGAAGAGUGUACAGAGGGAUGUGAGUGUGAUGAUAAUUAUGUGCUCAGUAAUGGCAACUGUGUACCUCUGAGCAGUUGUGGCUGCAGGGAUGAUGACAACAAUUACUACAGUGCUGGGGAGACAUGGAUAACUCCACACUGCGCCAGAAGAUGCCAGUGUCAGAAGAACGGUGUCAUCAGUUGUAACAGCUAUAGCUGUGAUUCUAGAGAAACCUGUGUGAUCCAAAAUGGAAAACACAAGUGCCAGCCAACAGGUUUUGGAAGAUGCCAGAUCCUGGGUGACCCACACUACACCACCUUCGACGGUCUGGUGCACCACUUCCAAGGGAAAUACACAUAUAUUUUGGCUCAGACCAUCCCUGACCUACCUGAUACUCUCACGCAGUUCAGCAUUGAAGGCAUUAACUCUCCUUUACUCCUAUUUCGACACAUUACCUACCUGAAAGAGAUUCUCAUCAAUGUUUACAACCACACAGUGCGAUUCAGGCAGAACAAGCAGGUUCUGUUGGAUGGUGUCCGUGUGAGACCCCCUCUUCGACCUCAUGACGGUAUUCAUAUAUAUCAGAGGAUAACAAGAAUUUACCUAGAGACAGAUUUUGGCUUAUAUGUGAGCUUUGAUGGCAAUCAAAAUGCAGAUAUAAAGCUGGCCAACACCUACGGAAGCAGAGUGGAAGGCUUGUGUGGUGACUUUGAUGGGAGAUAUAGAAAUGACUUCACAAAUCCAGAUGGUGUUUGGGUGAAGAACGUGAAUGUAUUUGGUGAAAGUUGGAAAGUUCCUUUAAAAAGAAGCUCUCGUUUCAGACGAGAUGUCAACUCAGGAAAUGAGUCUGUGGAGGAGCCAGAUCCAGGACUUUUCCAAGGUUGCAACGAAAAUCAGCUGGAGCAGCAAAAUGCAACUUCAAGAUGCCAAAUCCUGACUGACUUGAAUGGUCCUUUUGCAAAGUGUCAUUCUACAGUCCUACCGGAUUUCUAUUUCACGAGCUGCCUGUUUGAUAUGUGUGUGGAAGGAGAUGAGGUCACUACCUUGUGUCGCAGUCUGGAGGAAUAUGUGCUGGCCUGUCAGCAGCAAGGAGUCAGUAUGGAUGGCUGGAGACAACAGACAGUUUGUGGUAUAUCAUGUCCUGCCAACAGCAACUACAGCUCAUGCACGUCUGCAUGCCCAGCAUCCUGCAACGACCUGACCAGCCCUUCUGAGUGUGAAUCACCUUGUGUGGAAGGCUGUGAAUGUCUCCCUGGCUAUGUUCUUAGUGGUUUUGACUGUGUGCCUUACAAAGAGUGUGGCUGCACAUACCUGAACAAAUACUAUGAGAUUGGAGAAAUAUUCACCACUGAUGACUGCUCUCAGACAUGCCAGUGCACAGAAAGCUCCACUGUUUUCUGCUCUGACAAAGCAUGUGGGUCUGAUGAAAUCUGUGGCAUCUCCAACUACACUCGUGGAUGCUACAGGAGUGGACCAUGUAUGCCAAACCCUUGUCAGAAUGAUGGUGUUUGCUCUGAAACUACCAAUGGCACCUCUCUCCUCUUCUACUGUGAAUGUUCAGAGCUGUACACAGGAGCAACGUGUGAGGCUGAAAAUAUAGCUGAAGACCCUGACACAGAGGAUCCCAAGGACUAUACAUAUGCCAUCGUCAUUGGAGUCGUGGCAGGUGUAAUUGUUAUUGUCAUUCUCAUCUCAUCUACAGUGUACCUGUACAGGAGAAAGAGAAAUGUGGAUACACGUACAAUAACAAGGGAUUCUUCUUUGAAGUGGUCCAGGGAUGAACUGGAUGCCAGAGCACACGAGCAAGAUUAUGGCUGCAUCGUGAACAGUGCAUUUGAUCAAAAUGAAUCCCAAAAUACACAGCUAUAG